GCCAAUCAGCGUCGGCGCGGAGGUGUCCUCGCGCCGCUACCUCCUCACUCCCCCCCUCCCACCUCACUCCCCCCGCCCGCGCGGCGCUGCUCCUGCUCCCCGCUCGCUCCCCCGCCCCCCCCGGCCCCCGCCCGCCGCCGCCAUGGACCCGAGCAACUGGAGCAGCUUCAUCUUCCAGCAGAGUCACACACAGAAUCCCCUCCAGGUCGGGGCCGAAAUCCAGUCCCGGUUUUUCGCCUCCCAGGGCUGCACCCAGAGCCCCUUCCAGGCUGCCAACACAGCACCCCCGCCACCCGCUCCAGCCACCUCUGCUGAUUCCCUGCAGGUGGACCUGCUCCCGGUGCUGGCGGCCGCCCAGGAGACAGCCACGGCUGCGGCGGUGGUGGCGGCUGCCACGGCCUCAGCUCCAGCCGCUUCCACGGUGGACACAGCAGCUCUGAAACAGCAGCAGCCGGGGCCCGAGGGGAGCGGGGGGCAGGUGGCUCCAGCCCCGCAGGCCACCUCCCAGCCCCCCCCGGUCCAGCCGCCCGCGCCGCCCCCACCCAGCGAGGCCCAGAAGAAGUCGAAAAGCAAGGGGCCGUACAUCUGCUCGCUCUGCGCCAAGGAAUUCAAGAACGGCUACAACCUCCGGCGCCACGAGGCCAUCCACACGGGCGCCAAGGCUGCCCGCGCCAGCCCCGCCGCCAUGAAGAUGCCCACCAUGGUGCCCCUCAGCCUGCUGAGUGUCUCGGCCCUGGGGGCAGGCGGGGGCGGGGCAGCACCAGGGGCGGAGGGGGGCGGGGCUGCGGGGCUGGUGACCACCACGGCUUCCGGCAAGCGGAUCCGGAAGAAUCAUGCCUGCGAGAUGUGCGGCAAGGCCUUCCGCGACGUCUACCACCUCAACCGGCACAAGCUGUCACACUCAGACGAGAAGCCCUACCAGUGCCCCGUGUGCCAGCAGCGCUUCAAGCGCAAGGAUCGCAUGAGCUACCACGUGCGCUCACACGACGGAGCCGUGCACAAGCCCUAUAUCUGUAGCCACUGCGGCAAGAGCUUCUCCCGGCCAGACCAUCUCAACAGCCACGUGCGCCAGGUGCAUUCGACAGAGAGACCCUUCAAAUGUGAGACGUGCGAGGCGGCCUUCGCCACAAAGGACCGGCUGCGGGCACACACGGUGCGCCACGAGGAGAAGGUGCCGUGUCAUGUGUGUGGCAAGAUGCUGAGCGCGGCCUACAUCACGGACCACAUGAAGGUGCACAGCCAAGGGCCCAACCACAUCUGUGAGCUGUGCAACAAAGGUACGGGCGAGCUGUGCCCCCUGGCAGCAGCAGCGGCCCCGCCCACGUCGGCCGUCACUGUCCUGCCCAUGGAGGGGGCCCCUGUGGUGAGCCAACCGCUCCCCACGCAGCCCUGGUGAUUUCUGGGGGGCAGGAGUCGACCCUCCCCCCAAUGUCGUCCCCCCACGGCUCCGCUGGAGCCCCCCACGGCACUGCCGGAACCAGAACCUGCGGCCAGAGAGGAUUGAAUGUUGGGUCCUCUCCUCGCGCUUGGCAAAGGGAGGACGCGACACCGGACAGUUGGGGGCCCCCCACCAUCCCCUCCCCCCAGAGAGAUGGGGAUCGCCCACCGCCCCUGUCCAGACAGGCCACACAGCCGGCCCUCCCCACCCAUCCUCUUCUCCCUGGACAGAAGGGCCCCCUCACCUCUAAACCCCCAAUAACCCCCCCAAAUCCCAAAAUCAAUCUUACUCGAUCCUUGGCUGAGGAAUGGGCCAAGGUCUAUAGGGGACCCCCGUGUCUGGAGGCAGCUGCAUCUGGGCCCUGGGCCCCAAGGUCUAUAGAGAACCCAGGUGUCCUGGGGCAGGUGCAUCUGGGCCCUGAGGUCCGAAAGGAACCCCUGGCCCAGCCCCAGAGCUCCCACCCCCCUCACUAGCCGGAUUCAUUAAAGUGCAGGGGAGCCCAGGGCUGGGCUAGCUGGGGGUGUCACUGAUAUUGCUGGGGGCUGGUACCAGCCCUGGUCCAAUCGCCCCUCCCAUGGGGAGACCCCCAAUUCCCUUCUGUCCUGGGGUCCCCCCAGUUUCCCCCUCAGCCUUGGCACCCUUCUGUCCAGGGGUCUCCUGACCCCCCAGACCUCCCUCUGUCUCCCCCCCCCCAUUUUCUAUGGGAUUUUAUGAUUUAUUUUGUUUUCUCGUGUUCGUGUUCUCGGUCCAGCCGCGUCUUGCGUUGACUCAGCCCCUGACUCCCUGCAUGGCCCCCCGACGUCUGGGGGUUCCCCCUGCGCUCUUUUGUAUUGUAUAAAACCACGACGAAUAAAC